UCACUUUAUUUGUAACUUUUCAGUACGAAUGACUACUUUAAAAUUAGCUGUGAUUUCCUAUUGGUCUGAUUUGUGAGAUUACAAUUAAGUCAUAAGUUUGGACAAAAUUAAGACAGGCAUUCAUUUAGCCUAUAAGUUGAGAUGUCGUUAAGUUUAAAAAGCUGAUGAUAAUAAAAGGCUGGACAACAAACGGAACGGUUAUGGCAAAGUCAAGGUCAUUGUGUUUACUGGUUUUUCCCCUGCACACCGUAUGAAGCAUUUAAACAAGUCAAACUCAUCAUUGGGUUUGAAAUAGAAGGAUGGACCAAGAUGAAGAUGAUGAAAAUAGGAGAGACAUCCGGGAGGUCAGCACUAGGGAGAGGGAGGUGGAGUUGGUGGGAGGACCGCCGUGGGGGUUUCGCCUCGGCGCAGCAACCACGGCCACGGUCUGCAGUCCUUCAGGAGGAGAGAAUGUGGAUGGGACAAUGUCAAUUGUCGGUGCCGUAAAGAUUGCACGGGUUAAUCCAGAAAGUAAAGCGUCCAUGGCAGGAUUAAGAGAUGGGGAUCUUAUUCUCAGUGUCAAUGGGGAAUUGAUUGAGAAUUUACAGUUACACCCAUCAACAACUGCUUCUUCCUCAGUGCAAGCUCGUGGGAGCUCAGAUUCUUCAUCUGCACCUGCUAGUCAGAGUCCAUCAUCUCAUGAACAACAUCACAAAAUUUUAAGUCAACUUCAAGGGGAUCGAGUUCGUCUUUGUGUGCUGUCGAAAAAGUCAAAAAAUGCUAAAAAGAUCCAGAAAGCGUUGGCUAAAGGGGAAUUUGACAAGCAACAGCAGAAUCCCCAAGGUUCUAGUUCCUAUGAAAGAGGUCCGACAGCGGUACAGUGGGAGGACGGAAGAGAUAAUGGAAAAAUGCAUAGUAAUACUCAAGCCAACACUGAUGUACAAAUAGACGCUGACAAUACAAAAGAAAAUGAAAGACACGAGAAAAAUGUUACGAUUACACCAAAGUUGAUUAAAGAUUCUUCAGAAAACAACAGUAUUAUUGUUGCUACCAUUCCACGGACAAACGAGGAGGACAACGAGAGAGUGCAAAGCCAAAUUGGUCAAGACAUUCCUUCAUCAGUAAUGUUCAUUCCAAGUGGGGAACCACCCUCCUCUAAAUCAUUGACAUCAUCAUCCCCAGCUAACCUGCUCUCUGAUAUUAUUGACGAGUUGCAACUGGCAGCUACAACCACAGCAAAAUUUCUCUCUGACAUGGAGGCCCAUUUACAAGAAGAAGUAAACAACAUGGAGUCGGGACCCCAACCCCAGGGCUUGUUGCGCCAAGUAUCGACGAACAGUUCUUUAAAUUCAACAACCCCAACAUCUUCAAUACCUCAGCCUUUUUCAUCCUCCUUGCUAAUAAAACAGGAGGAUUUGCAACAGAUGAAGAAUGAACACCUGAAUGGUGGUACUAGCAUUGGUGGUGUCGAUAAUGAAGAAAUUUUGCCAGUAUGGAGUCCACCUGGAGUUCCACCAAGCCCAAAAUUAGGGAAAAAGUUUCGUCCUGUGACCUUUAAUGCCAAUGCGAUGCCUUCGUCUCCGGUGCUUGUUAAUCAAAAUGGAAUUUUUAAUUCACAAUCUCCUGGAGGAGUGGUUUUGUCCCCACCGUCCCUGUCAGUGUCCAAUAGUUUUAGUAGUAAAAACAUAAGCAAUUCUCAAUCCAGCACGACGACCACAACUGGAGGUAGUAACAGUGCUACUAGUAAUCUCCCUCGAUACCAGAAUCCCACAAUGGUGCUUCUCCAAAAAGCUAGAGAAGGCCAUCUGCCAAAAGGAGCGGCCUAUCUACAAACUCAACCACCCUCACCUUCUGCAGCUACUAUAGAACCUCGAAUCUCAUCCAGCAUAAAUUUCAACUUAAGCCAGCCUGCCCAAAAUAGUAACAUGUCUACCACAUCUUCCGGCUUCAACUCAUUUCCACCACCUCCUCCACCAGUUAAAAAUCGGCCCUUUAAAUCUGCCAGUUCUGCUGAGAUUAUCGACAUACCCACGACAUCAAAAUCUACCUUAAAUGGCGAGAAAGAGCAACGGGACUGGUACAAAAAAAUGUACGAGUCGCUCCAUGUUGAAAAAAAGCCUACAACCAUUGCAAAAUGUACCUAUCCGGCAGGGAGGAUAAAACGAGAUCCACCCGCAAAGAGUUUUUGGGCUAAACGGACCCACUCAAAUGGAACCAUGUCAGAACCGGAAGAUAAUUUUGAGCAUCCUGACGAAGAAGAAUAUGAUUUCAACAAGUUUGGGAACAAGGUUCUAUCUCCUGGCAGUGGGAGUGGCAGACAAGCUCCACCCGGUGCCAUAAGAUUUUACAAUCCUGGUAGGAUUGAAGAUCUUAACCCUACAGGAGGAACGUGCACAUCGGCAGCCAGAAAACAGAGGUAUCAUCGCCAAAUGCAACCGGAUUUAAAGAGACACUGGGCAUUAUCAUCACCAAAAUCUUCUGGUUAUGAGAGCGACUCGAACUAUAUUAUGCGGAAACGAACAGAAACUGAUUCAGUAAGUGGGGUAAGAACUCCAGACCUACCUCCGCUCAGUCCUGCAGAACAAAAACACAUGUAUGCAGAAAUUCAGAAAGGCGGCGAGGUGCCACUCCAAGGUUUACGUAAAUUUGUGCCUGGUCCUGGACCACGUGAUCCAAUGUUUGAUGAUCAAGAUGGAUUUAGAACGGCUUCGCCAUCCCAAAAUAUUCGAUACUCAGAAUCGACCGUAAACAUUCACUAUCGAUUACCUGUCCGGAUUGAGGAAAAAGAGUAUGUCGGGGAGGAAGAACUUAGGAAAAGACAGCAACAAGCAAUGAGAGCGUUCUAUGAGGAACAACGGAAGCAAAAAUAUAUGAAAGAAAUUGAAGACAUGGAGAGGAGAAGGCAUUCUGACAAUUUUGUGCCUUCCCAAAAGUCACCAAUCCCUCUAAAUCGAUAUGAAGAUGGAAAUGUAAUUGAUGGCCUAGUUGAUAAUACUCCACCACGUCCCGGAAGUGGAGGAUUAUGGCAGAGAAUGACCCCUGAGCCAAUGACCCCAUCCUCCGUAAAGAACAGCGGUAGCGGAACACCACUAGCAAUUGCUAGAGCGAAAUUCGAUUUUAUCGCUCAAAGUCCUCGUGAAUUGCAACUAGUCAAAGGAGAUCUGGUUCUUAUCCGACGAAAAAUUGAUGGUAAUUGGUACGAAGGAGAAUUGCGACAACAAACAAAAAAUAGCUAUUUCUAUCCGAAUGGUGCGGGUACUAGUGCAUUGGGAAUAUUUCCUUGUACUUAUGUGGAAAUUCUACCUGAUGACCCACUUUCCCCUGCAACUCAUGCCAAAUACUCGCCCCUUAAUUCCAGCAAGCCUCAUGAUUCUGAAGGAUUGGCCCGUGUACUAUUCAAUUUUCGCCCAUCGCACUCUUUCGAGUUGGAUUUAGUCAAGGGAGAGGCAGUAAUUUUAAGCAGGAGAGUGGACAAAAAUUGGUUCGAAGGAAGGAAACAGAAAACUCCUCAAAAAACUGGAAUAUUUCCAGUUUCAUACGUUGACGUAGUAAAAGAAAUUAGCUCUUCUACUAGAAGCAGAUCACCAGCGGUUAAAAAACCUAUAGGACAACCAGUGGCUCAUAGCUUAAGCUAUGGAACUGAUAUGGUGGACGAUUUUUCCUUAAAGAAACAUCACUACAAACCGAACGAAUUUGUGCUGCAGGACGACUCUGAUUAUGGCGAAGUAUUUAGUCCGACUCCGAAUAAGAAUGAUCGAAAUGCGAGAAACCGAAGAAGAAUGAACCAGAGAUUGGAGCUUAUUACUAUUGACACCAGAUUAAAUAAUGAUCAACCUUUCAGAUACCGAUCGAUUUAUAACUAUAAGCCAGUUCAUCCGGACGAAUUAGAGAUACGUGAAGGUGAUAUUAUCGAAGUUCUGGAGAAAUGCGACGAUGGGUGGUACGUGGGCUCCAACGAAAGAACAGGUGUCUUUGGAACCUUCCCUGGCAAUUAUGUUGAAAGAAUUUAAAUUAUAGUUAUUACUGUUGAUUGAAAUUAAGUUUUACAUGAUUUUUGCAUGAUAAACUGGAACAAAGACAGCUAGAAUAUAGCAUAACUUGUAGAUCUACCACCAUAUGUACUAUUUAAUUACUCACCACUAUUUACAACAAGUCAGGAACAUUAUUAUUAUAACUUCAGUUGUAAGCAUAAUAAUAGCCUAUAGUGUAAUCGGUCUAUUAAUGUACUUGUACUAUCUAUCUAUAUAGUAGUCCACACUAAAUACUGAUUUACCAAACUGUUGAAAUUGUUCCUAAACUUUUAUAGUUACAUUAUUUAGUAGGAAGGAAGGACUGUAUUAUAAAUUAUGAAGAAGUUCUUCUCCUUGUUACCCAACCAUACAAAUGUUUAAACUAUCCAACUAAUUAACCGUAAUGCGACCUUAGUGAAAUGAAAAGUGAGAUAUGCUAUUAUAAUUACCUCAGCUUGAUACAUAUAUGUUAGGACUUCUGUAUGACAAAUUGAAACAAAGACAGCUAGAAUAUAGCCACUGUACUUAUUACUCACUAUUACUGCAAGUCGUGAGCAUUUUAAGUACCCCAGCUUAACAUUUAAAUAUGUAACGAAACGGAUGUAACAAAGGCUGCUAACUAUUGCCUUAUUGUAAUUUUAACUGCAAAAUGUGUGCAUCGUACAGUGGAAUACUGCGAUAUUAAUACGUAUAAAUAGACAUGUAAACAUAAUGGUUUAUUGAGCAAGAGUUUGAAUUUGAAUGGAAAUGUGCUUAAACGAUUUCAAAAACUCUGUAAAGUCCCUACCUGAUUCUUAUCUCGAUCCAGGGCUACUUGGAAAUGUUAUUUGAAAUACUUAUUUGAAACGGGUUUUAUGUACUUGUAUAGCGGUUAGAUUUCCAUGCAGGCAUGUCGUUUACUUAAUUUGUCUUUGACCUAAUGAUCUGUAUGAGUUUACUUUUAUUUUAUUAUUAUUUAGCAUACAUAGUUUAUUCUAUGAAUUCAGUAUUUAUUAAUUAAUGUCAAUUGAAACUGGAACUGGAUAUCUACUUGACGUGUGUACAAGCCUAAAGUCAUACCGAAACUAUAAGUACUUACAAAUGAAUUUUCAAUUCUCAUUUACAUUACAUUGUGCUUUUAAGAAAUAUGCAAUUAAAUACUUCGUUAUUGUUAAAUACCAUUAUACUAUUUAUGAAGCAACAAAAGUAAUAAAGAAGCACUAUGCAAUAUAAAAAGUGUAAAAUAA